GUAUUUGGGCCUCCAUGCUACACAGCCAUGACAAUUCACACCUUCACUGAAGCCACUCCCACAAUAAUUCACCAAUAAAUACUGUUAAUAUUCCCAUCAACAUACAAGAGAAAAAGUGCUUCAGACCAGCAGGAAGAACUCCGGGUGCAACAGCUGAAGAUGGAGUUUGAGGACAUGAGUUAUCCAGAGUCAUGCCAAAUUAAACAUGAAGAUACUGAGGAACAAAGAGGAAAAUCUGUGUCUGGGCCUCCAUGCUACACUUGAUGACAAUUCACACCUUCACUGAAGCCAAUCCCACAACAAUUCACCAAUAAAUACUGUGAAUAUUCCCAUCAUCCUACAAGAGAAGAAGUGUUUCAGACCAGCAGGAAGAACUCCAGGUGCAACAACUGAAGAUGGUGAAGAUGGAGUUUGAGGACAUGAGUUGUCCAGAGUCAUGCCAAAUAAAACAUGAAGAUACUGAGGAACAAAGAGGCCUGGUGGAAGUGAAAAAGGAAAGUCAAGAACUGAAUGAAGUUGGGAAGAAACAGCAUCAGAAACCUCAAACAACAGAGGACAAAAACCUUUUCACCUGCUCUCAAUGUGGAAAGAAUUUUACAUAUAAAAGCAAUCUUAAGAGACACUUAAGAGUGCAUACUGGAGAGAAACCGUUUCACUGUGAUCAGUGUGGUAAAAGUUUGUCUUCAGCAUCAGCUUUAAGAAACCACCAAAAUGUUCAUGCGGUCAAGAGGCCUUACUCGUGUUCACUUUGUGGAAAGAGUUUUUCAUUGCUGCAGAGUUUGAAAGUUCAUCAGAAAAGAUAUGCCGGUGUCAAAGAUCAUGUGUGCUCUUAUUGUGGGAAAGGCUUCAUUACAGCCAGCAAUUUGAAAACACACCAGAGAAUUCAUACUGGAGAGAAACCUUACAAGUGCUCAUAUUGUGACAAGACUUUCAGUAUAUCAGGAAACCUGAAAGCACACCAGAUAGUGCACACUGGAGAGAAACCUUUUCACUGUGAUCAGUGUGGUAAAAGUUUGUCUUCAGCAUCAGCUCUAAGAAAACACCAAAAUAUUCAUGCUAUAAAGAAACCUUACUCGUGUUCACUUUGUGGAAGGAGUUUUUCAUGGCUGCAGAGUUUGAAAGAUCAUCAGAAAAGACAUGCCGGUGUUAAAGAUCAUGUGUGCUCUUAUUGUGGGAAAGGCUUCAUUACAAUCGGCCAUUUGAAAACACACCUGAGAAUUCAUACUGGAGAGAAACCUUACAAGUGCUCAUAUUGUGACAAGACUUUCAGUGUAUCAGGAAACCUGAAACUGCACGAGAGACUUCAUUCUGGAGUAAAACCGUACCACUGCCCUACAUGUGGAAGGAGUUUCAGCCAAUUAGGUACUCUUAAGGAUCAUUCAAAAAAGCGUUGUCCAGUGAGCAAAAGUCAUAAGGAAUAAUGUCUGAUUUAGGUAUAUUAAAAAUAGGGAUUAUCUGAUCUAAGAAGUUAGCUAAAAUUACCUGUAGUGUACAUUGAAAUUAUGAUGUGAAAUGCCAGUUUUACUUUCUUGAUAUUUCUCAAACAAGCAGGUUAAAAAACCGGUGUAAGAGUUGAUUAUCCAACUAUAAUGACUUGACAAGAGACAGCAGAAACAAUGUAUUUCCUGCAUUGUUAUAUAAGACACCAGUUGUUAUAUGAUUUUUUGUGAUUUAACAAUACAUCUUUUGGGGAAACUGUAAUGUGUCAAACAUGUAACGA